AUGACGUCGCAGGGGAGAACGCGGACAUUGCUGAAUUUGACUCCAAUCCGUCUAAUUUUCGCAUUAUUUCUAGUAGCUGCUGCAGUCGGCCUCUCUAUCGGCCUCACCUAUUACUUCACUCGGAAAGCGUUCGAUACUUCAGAAAAACCAGGGAAAGAUGAUAGUGGUGGUAAAGACAAAGAUAACUCUCCCUCUGCGGCGGAACUACUUCUUCCAACCAACAUAAAACCAUUGUCUUACGAUUUGACGAUCAAAACAUAUCUACCUGGCUAUGUGGACUUCCCACCAGAGAAGAACCUCACGUUUGAUGGGCGGGUGGAAAUAUCAAUGGUGGUAAUUGAGCCAACAAAGAGUAUCGUGCUCAAUUCAAAGAAGAUCUCUGUGAUACCCCAGGAAUGUGAACUGGUAUCGGGCGGUAAAAAACUUGAAAUUGAAAGUGUAAAGGAGCACCCAAGACUGGAAAAGGUUGAGUUUCUUCUCAAAAACCAACUGGAAAAAGACCAACAAAUCUUGCUCAAGGUAGGCUACAUCGGCCUCAUCAGCAACAGUCUUGGAGGAAUCUACCAGACCACUUACACCACCCCGAAUGGCACCCCUAAAGAGAUCAGUGGAGAUUGGAUCACAUCGAAGUUCUUGACUACUCCACGGAUGUCAUCCUACUUGUUGGCAGUUAUGGUUUCAGAAUUUGAAUACAUCGAGGGUAAAACAAAGACAGACGUUCGGUUCCGUAUAUGGUCACGCCCAGAGGCAAAGAGAAUGACACAAUAUGCUUUGGAGUCUGGAAUCAAGUGCAUAGAAUUCUAUGAAGAUUUCUUUGAUAUCAGAUUCCCUUUGAAAAAUGGCUGUAUUCAGUUCCGUAUAUGGUCACGCCCAGAGGCAAAGAGAAUGACACAAUAUGCUUUGGAGUCUGGAAUCAAGUGCAUAGAAUUCUAUGAAGAUUUCUUUGAUAUCAGAUUCCCUUUGAAAAAGCAAGAUAUGAUCGCCCUUCCUGAUUUCUCAGCAGGAGCCAUGGAGAACUGGGGCCUCAUCACUUACAGGGAAAACUCUUUGUUGUACGAUGACAGAUUCUAUGCACCGAUGAACAAACAGCGAAUUGCUCGCAUUGUUGCUCAUGAGCUUGCUCAUCAGUGGUUUGGCGACUUGGUUACAAUGAAGUGGUGGGAUAACUUGUGGUUGAAUGAAGGUUUUGCAAGAUACACAGAAUUCAUUGGAGCUGGUCAGAUAACUCAAGAUGACGCCAGAAUGAGGAACUACUUCCUGGUUGAUGUACUUGAACGCGCGUUGAAAGCUGAUUCGGUAGCGUCAAGCCAUCCACUUUCCUUCAGAAUCGACAAAGCUGCAGAAGUUGAAGAAGCCUUUGAUGAUAUCACAUACGCCAAAGGAGCUUCUGUUCUUACUAUGCUGAGAGCCUUGAUUGGAGAAGAAAAACAUAAGCAUGCAGUAUCGCAGUACCUCAAGAAGUUCUCGUAUAGCAAUGCAGAAGCAACUGAUCUAUGGGCAGUUUUUGAUGAAGUUGUCACUGACGUCGAAGGUCCAGACGGCAAACCUAUGAAAACCACGGAAUUCGCAAGUCAGUGGACGACUCAGAUGGGUUUCCCAGUGAUUUCCGUAGCAGAGUUUAACUCGACUACUUUGAAAUUAACGCAAAGCCGAUAUAAGGCGAAUAAGGACGCUGUGGAGAAAGAAAAGUACCGUCAUCCAAAAUACGGAUUCAAGUGGGAUAUUCCACUGUGGUACCAGGAAGGCGAUAAGAUGGAGGUAAAGCGAACAUGGUUGAGAAGAGAUGAACCGCUCUACUUGCAUGUAAGUAAUCCUGGUGCUCCAUUUGUGGUAAACGCAGACCGCUAUGGAUUUUAUCGACAAAAUCACGACACUAACGGUUGGAAAAAGAUAAUCAAGCAGCUCAAGGACAAUCAUGAGGUUUACAGUCCUCGGACAAGGAAUGCCAUCAUUAGCGAUGCGUUUGCUGCAGCCGCAACUGACGCAAUUGAGUACGAGACUGUUUUUGAACUUCUGAAAUAUGCCGAAAAAGAAACGGAAUACCUACCGUUGGAAAUAGCAAUGUCCGGGAUCUCUUCGAUUUUGAAGUAUUUCGGUACCGAGCCGGAAGCAAAGCCAGCUCAAGUGUACAUGAUGAACAUAUUGAAGCCGAUGUAUGAAAAAAGCAGUAUCGACUUCAUUGCCAAUAACUACAGGAACGACAAGCUGUUUUUCCAAAUAAUCGCCGCUCCUCUCCGAUCAAGUGUUUAUUGUUAUGGUGUGAAGGAAGGCGGUGAUUAUGCCUUCGACAAGGUGAUGGAGCUUUAUAUGGCCGAAACACUCGCCCUAGAAAAAGACUUCCUACGCCUAGCAUUGGGAUGUCACAAAGAUGUUACUGCUUUGAAAGGACUUCUCUUACGGGCUCUAGACAGGAAUUCGUCGUUCGUACGUAUGCAAGACAUUCCAAGUGCUUUCAACAAUGUAGCAGCCAAUCCUGUUGGCGAAGAAUUCAUUUUCAAUUUCCUUAUUGAGAGAUGGCCAGAUAUCAUUGAAAGUAUAGGAACGAAACACACAUAUGUUGAGAAAGUGAUACCAGCCUGCACUUCAGGAAUCCGCUCACAACAGCAGAUAGACCAGCUAAAGAAUCUGCAGAAAAAUGGCAUAAACGCUCGUCAAUUCGGUGCAUUCGAUAAAGCAAUCGAACGAGCGCAAAAUAGGGUGGAUUGGAUUAAAAAACAUUUCCAAAAACUAGCGGCUUUCUUCAAGAAAGCCACCUUGUAA